CUCUGUGAGCGUCAGCCCAGGCAGUGGGAGGUGGGAGGAAGAGGGAGGGAGCAGGGGAGGAGGAUUAACCUAUGCUGGCAGUAAGGGACUCUGCAGCCCCUGUUACUCCAGGAAGCACGAGUUUUUAUUUUUAAUGAACUUCUGUAUGAUUUUAACCCCCACUGGCAGAGUCAGCAGCCUGCUUAUAUGAUAAUUAAUAAUUAACCCACACACACUGACUUGCAGGCCUGUCUGCUUUGCAUACUACUUUUAACUUAUUUUUUAGUGCCUCACACUCCUUUAUGCCAUGGCAGCUCGCUUGCUUUUUAGGGCUGUGAUCAUGGGCCCCCCAGGAUCAGGGAAAGGGACCAUUUCAGAUCGGAUAGUGAAGACAUUCGCCCUCCAGCACCUGUCCAGCGGAGACCUGCUCAGACUUAACAUCCAAAAGAAGACCGGUAAGGUGGGCAUGCAUGCCAGGGUGGCAUUCACACACCCUUCGGGGGAGGAGCUGGGUACCCAGGGCACAUGGCAUGGCCAGCACAUAUCUAGGUUAGCCUGUUAUUAGUCAAGGGAAUUUACAGAGUUGAAGGAAUUUUGUCAAAGUCACCGGUCCCAAAAGAGAUCCAUACAUAUACCUCCAUUCUUCAAUAAUACAUUCUAUGCAGAUAUGGAAUGCUGUAAGAUAAAGCAAAUAAAUAAAGUACUGCAGUUCAGCAUGUCACUAGGUCCUUGCUAUUUCUGCCAGGUAAUUUCUGUGUGGUCAACAUCAUUUACUUGGGAAAAGUAAACAGAUAGGAAGUCAGCACUAUAAUAAAGUUUUUGCAAUUCUAUGAACACUGUCACAAACUGGCACAGCAAAGAUACAGCAUUUGAAAGGACAAAAAUUCUAACCUUGAAAAUGCCAUAAUAACCCCAAAUAACUCCAAAUUCUAAGCCCCUCCACCUCCCCCCACACACUGACCCUUUAACCUCUUCCCUAAAUCAUCAACUGUAAAAGAAAAGUCUGAACCCCCAAACUUGCCUUACUGGUGUAAGUUAAUGGGACAUUUGGGAAAAGUACAUAUGACUCUAACUUUAAAAGUAAAUGUAUUUAAUGUUAGUGUUUUUCCUUUAGAUUAGGGCCCUCCAUUGAUAAAAUAAGUUAUAAAACCUACCUUUUUUUCAGAAUUCAGCAUAGAGAAGCAUUGCGGACACAAGGCGCAUGUAUUGCAAUUUCCGUGCUUUGCCAAUCUAAAGCUUCGUCUUUGUAAACAUUGGAUCCCUAGCUUCUUUAUGAGAAGUAUUGUCCACAUUUGGUCUUGUCAUGUUGUUUAUCAUGGCACAAAACAUGAAGAGCUAUGACAACUACUGUCAACCACUAGAGGAAUAUUUUAGACAAAAUAUAAACCGUGCUGCUUCUCAGAAAUUGUAAUGUUUUACAUUGCCAGACAAAUUAGUUGGCAUCUAUGCACCAAAACCACCCCAUGGCUUUGGUGCUGAACGUCUCUUUAAUUUGAAAACAUGACAUGUUUCAGAAAACCAAUAUCUUUCUACAUAUUUCUACCCUUUAAUCUACAUUUCAAGGAGAACCAUAGUUAUGUUUAUAUUCCAGUAAUUUUAAUACUAUUUACAUGGUAGUUGAUUAUAAUAAGGCACCAUUGUCCCAACAGCCUGAUAGGCCAAGCACUAAUCAUGGUCAUAAUCAGCUCCAAUAUAUUCACUUGGGAAUUAACAAGUUGAUAAUGGCCCUAGCAGUAGCUACUGUUCAAUUCUGGGAGUUUAUUUUUGUCUAUAAAUGCAGCUGUUCGUUCAUUUCCUAUAUACUUAAAGGGAGAAAAAAAAACCAAUGUAUAUUUCUUGCCAAGUCUCACACCACUAACUCUUUGAAGUGUGUGCCUGUCCUAGUGUCCUUUUCUGCAAAUAUGCAUUUUUAACUUGCACAUGCUUUUAAUUUCUUGUUUUGUAAAUGAGCCUUUGAAGUUUGAACUAACAAACAUAUUGGCAAUUAUAUCAGUAAAGGUAGCAAUGCUUGGCAGGCUGUAUAAACAAAAAGUGUUGGAUACAGAUUAGCUAGGUGAUUUGUCCCUACUGUUGAAAAACAUGUUCAGAGUCUUUCACUGAAGUGUGAAGUGUUAGGAAUUUGUAAUUAAUUUCAACUUUUAGGCCAAAAAUAGCUCAACUGUAAGUAUUGAUGAGUUGGAGAAUUUGACUAUUUUGUCUUCAACUUGACUCAUUUUUAACCCUGUCAGUAUUCUUGUAACUGAAAUGAAUAAAGCACUCCAAGUCAGCUGUAGUUUAUAUUCAGUGCUUUAACUAGAGUUUUAAAUUCCAUGGUGAAUUUACAUUUUGUGAAUAAUUCUGAAUUUUUUAAAUUUAUUUUUUAUUUCAGCAUGUUUACUUUUGGCUCUAUAAAGACUGGCUUAGUGUCAUGUUUGAGUUAAAAAAAAAGUUUAUUUGGGACAACGAUAUUUUGACUUGCUUUCCCUUGAGAAAAUAAACUGCAGACUCCAUUAAAUGGUGUAGCAAAACGAUCAUUAUGUCUCUUACACAAUAUUAUAGUGUUUGAGGUGAUCUAGGAAUUGGCGUUGUAGAAAAUGUUAAGUCCAUUUCUUGUGAUUCUGUUCAUCCUUUUGUUUUUCAUGGUAAGCAGAUGUGAUUUUUGAUCACCUGUAUUCACACCGGUAAGUACUCCAUAUUGUGUUUAUACAGGUGCUUUCCGUAAACCCAUUAGGCCACAUUUAUUUGCUUAGAUGUGACAUGGUGAUCUCCAGAUGUUACCCAUUGUUGGUUUUUGGGGUUUUAAGUCCCUAGUUUGGCUGGUAAUUUUUGCUUCCAGUGAUAUAAGCACUCUCAACCAUAAAAAGAAAAUAAAAAACCAAAUCGAAAUAUGUGACAUACCUUAUUUGAAAAUAUGUGCUGCAACACAAAACACAUAAACCGUUUCAAAUGAUAACGUGACUAUUAUUUUUUCAUUGGCAGACACAAUUAAUUUUUUUUAUAUGUCUACCACAUCCAUGCUUUCAAGGUCACUCAUAAUUACUAGAAAAAUAUAAACUCCUUUCAAAAAAGUUAAAAAUAAAUACAAGGUGACAUGGCUUUCACAAAUAAAGAUCUUAUACAGCAUUGGUAGAAAUUACCUCUCUGGUCUAUAUUUUAAACUUUGUAUAACACUGGAUUAAAGUCUAAUUUAAGUAAGAAUUUGUUAUUUUUUUACCAUAAUAUUAAUUUUAUUGAUGUUAAUGUACUUUUUCUAAAUCUCCUCUCCCCGCUUAAAGUUUUUUUUUACUGUUAUAUAAAUGAUUAAUUCACCUUUAUAAAACAUGUGGAGGGUUAUAUCAUUGUAUGCCUGUUAUGUCACUGUAAAUUAUUAUUUAAAAAAAAAAAAUUCCAAUUGGAAAUGCUAAAAGGGACACACUAGGUACCAUAACCACUUCAGCUUAGCAAAGGAGUUAUGGAAACAGGAUACCAUCUCUGCAGCCUUACCUUUUGACAAGCUGGGAAACUAGGACUGUAAAGUAGACCUCUUAGCUCUCCCGACAACCCCUGUGAAGCUGAGAAUGGCGUUUCCUGAUUCUCUCAUACCAUGAGUUGGUAUCAUAGAGUGGCUUGCAGGCCUUGUUCCCCAGAAGCAAGCAAACACCUUGAAGUCCAAAGUCUGUCUUUGUUUUUUUUUUUUUAAAUAAAAAAAGUCACAAAAACAUUAAAAGGGGGGAAAAAACAUAAGUAUAUGAAUUAAAUAUAUAACAUUCAUUUGGUCAAAUACAAAAAAAAACCCAUAACCUAUCACAUUCAUUCACCAUUCAUUCUGAUGCGAGAGUAGCAGUGAGCUAUAUAUUAGUCCCCUAUUCAUUUCUAGUUUUCCUAUUUGGAGAGCGUUUUCCAUCUCAGACUACUUCUGGGUUUUUAUUGAGAGAGAAGAAGCUCUCCUGUUUAGCCAGAUCUUUGUAGUACUUCAAUUGGUUAUUCAUUACAAAGUAUCUUUCGAACCAGUUUAACUGCCUCUGUUGUUUCCAAUUGCUAGCUAUACAUGAUUUAAGAGCAAGCACUAUAUGGAAAAUUAAGUUAAGGGGCCAAACAAAUAUCAUCUCCAAAAAGAGUUUCAAAAAGUGCACAGGUUUUGUUUUAGAUCAUCCAACUUUUCACACUAACAUCAGAUUUAGUAAAAGGAGUCUCUGGUGUUGUUUUAUAAUUAACAUUUUUAUCUAGUAGCAUUUAGAGUUUAGUGAAUAACCCAGUCUGGUUAGUUUUACAGAGAAGUGAUGUUUCUGGCUCUUUAGUUGCUGCUGGUUUAUGACUUCAAUGUGUCUUUAUUAUCUAAAUCCCCAAGGCACUUCUAAUGAAUCUAGCUUAACAGUUUGAGUGAUAAGCACACCAAUCAGUGAGACUUGAUCCUUUCCUGUGGUUCCUUGUAUGUUUUCAUUUACUAAGCAUAGAGCAUCCUAUUCAAGACAGGACUGACAAGAGUUUCUAUUUUCUUCUUAAUUUUAGGCAGUGCUAGCCUGGGAAAAUCUUCUUUUUAAAUUCUUAAAUGGCCUCUGCCUUCUACAAGGUCAUUCAUAGGUCACAGUCAGUGAGGUAUAGACUUCUGACAUAUACAUUGUGCUGGAGAAAUCACGAACAUAUGUAUAAAGGAACAUACUGAUCCUGAUGAUCGACAUUGCUUAGAUAUGUCAGGGAAUUCAGCACCAAAAGCUGGAAAUAUCAAGGGUUAAAAUUACUAAAUUCAUGUUUACAUUGCAGCACUAAGUUUGCUUCCAGUGGCUGGCUGGCACUUCCUGGAUCGAAACGGACCUUUGUUGCGGUAUCUGACACUGGACGUCCUCUUGCUCUGCAUGAGCGAUAGUGCCAAGAAUACAGCUUUGUAUUCCUUGCACUCUAGUAUCCCUUUCAAAUUUGAUAUUUCUUGGUAAAUUGCCAGCAGUGUAGUUCCAAGGUUAAACUGUAUAUUAAAUUGUGAGGAUGUGAAAUCAGGACUUGCGUUUCAUCCAACUUAAAUAAACGAUGUUUUAUUAACCAUAAAAUUGUUUCCAUGAUAACAUAGUCAGCACUUUGGGCAUUGCAGAGCUUAUCAUUUGUGAACGUUUCUACAACUUUGGGCACUAGUUGUCAUUGAACACUUAGGUUACAUUCAUUCCCUUCCAAACAUAAUGUAACUUUUUUUUUUUUUUUGUCCUACUUGCUUUAUUGCAAUUUCAUAUUUCCACUCAACACAGAAGUCAUGUGUUAAAUGACCUCUAGACAACAUUUAUUGUCUUGUUUGAACAUUAACCUGAGCAUGUGACUCAAAGGGACAAACAUGCUUAUUGUAUGUUCCAAAUAUGGAAAGGUGGUAGUGACAAAAUUACUCUGUCAUGUGUUAUGGAAAAUAAUGCUGUGAGUGUUCAUAUUGUCACUUUGUUACAGCAUUAUUUUCUAUAACACGUGACAGAGUAAUUGGUUUACACAUUUUUAUUCAUGAAUGAACUGUUAAAAUAACCCUGUAGUUACAGUAACACAAAAUCUUGACUUUCAAUAUUGCUUCUGCGCCAAGAUCAGCUUAAAACCUAUACAUACCUUUACAGAUGAGUGACAUUUUACCUGUCCCUCGCCACACAUCUGGUCAGGCAGUUAGGCAACCAUUUUCUCUCUAGAGUACAGCAGAACUAAACCUCACUUUAGGCAGCUAUCUGCUGACCACAGCUAAACCCUGCUUGUUUUAUACAGCAGCAUGGAAUAUUGCUGCACUGGUUAAAUUGUCCUUAGAUUUAAACACGUUCAUUAUCUCUUAACUUUGUCUUCAACCAAAGAAGCAUAGUAUUUUUACUAUGUAAUAAUUAAAAUUGAUGAAUAGAUCUUUAAGAACUCUUACAGCACGUUUUAUAAAUCGAUCUAGUGAAACUGGUAAGGAAAUGGAGGAUUAAUGCUGUAAGGGUCAGUGUCACAUGGAAUGACCAUAAAAACACUACAGCAAGUUUGCAUAUAAUGUGAAGCUAUACACUAAAAACAAAAUGAAAAUGACUACUAGUGCAAUGGGUCUAGUGCUGUGGAAUCAGAGGCCCUGCUUGGGGAAGUAGAAUGGAUGGGAAAGUAAUCAAUCCCUAUAUAUAGUCUCUUUCCAAGCACAGUAGCAAUGAUGUGAUCGCUUUCUUGCUUUUCAUGUCCUGAGAUGGUCAUGGAACCUAAGGCACUCUUUAAAAUAUCUUCCUGGGGGGUAAAUUCAUUGAGUGGUGAACUUUGCUAGGUUGAUUGCUUUUUCCACCUCUGCAGUUUUGUAACUUGAAAGGCCAUCCAAAACAAAUAAUAGAAGAACAAAGAACAUUCACAAUGAGGAACAAUCAUUUUAAUUCAUUCAGAACAGGCAAGCUAGUUAGAAGCAGAACUUUGCAAAAUAUACCAUUUUCUCUGAAAAAGUUUACAUUGAAGAACCUCCAGGGACAUGCUAUAGACACCCAAAACACUACUACAUUAAGCUGUAGUGAUUCUGGUGACUAUAGUGUCCCUUUAAAUUUUAAAUUCACCUUGAAUUCUCACUUUAGUGACUGACCCUGUUUAUUUUCAUUUAGCGUAAAUUUUGAUUUAAAUGACCGUUAGAAAUAACGUUACCUACCGAACCUGAUUACCUGAGCACCCAGUGUUUUAGUGUUUUAGUGUGUGUGUGUGUGUAUAUAUAUAUAUAUAUAUAUAUAUAUAUAUAUAUAUAUAUAUAUAUAUGUAUGUAUGUAUGUGUAUAUGUAACAAAAUACACUUAAAAUGACAUUCUCUCUCUGAUUUGAUUGACAUGCCUGACAACACAGGGAGAAAGUGCAGAGAAUUUAAUUCGCAAGCACUAUAUUUGACCCCGUAACUCUCCAAAACACCAUAAAACCUGUACAUAGGGGGUACCAUGUCCAGUCAUUGUUAGUAGCCACUUAGUCACAAACACUGGCCAAAUAUUAGUUUUUUGCUUUUUUCACACAAAAACAAAUAUGAACGCUAAGUUUGGCAAGUGUUUGUGACUAAGUGGCUACUAAAAAAAGACUAAACAUACCCCACGUUCAAUACCUUGGCUUGUCUACUUUUUCAAAUGGUAUGCCAUUAUGGGGGUAAAUCUCAUUCCUGGGCUACCACACCGUCUCAAAGGUAACAUUACUAACCUGGCAAAUUUCAAUUUGAAAAUGGAACGUUCUAUAUUUGACCCUGUAACUUUCCAAAACACUAUAAAACCUGUUAAUAGGGGGUACUGUUGUACUCAUGAGACAUCGCUGAUUACAAAUAUGUGCAUUUUGUUGCAGUAAAACCUAACAGUAUUAUGACAUUUACAGCUAAAAUGUGAGGCGGAACUACAAUUUUUUUUUUUGAAUUUUUUUUUACAAUUUCACAGUUUUUUAAAAUUUUUUUUUUUUUUUAGUAAUAAAUUGUUUCAUAUAUAAAUAUUUGAUAUGAAAUUAAAGCCCUGUUUCUCCUGAACAAAAUGAUAUAUAAUAAGUGUGGGUGCAUUUAAUAUGAAAGAGGUGAAUUACGGUUGAACAGACAUAUAGCGCAAAUUCCAGUUUUUGUUUACGUUUUGUUUUGAUCAGAACGUAUACUAUUGACUCCGUCCUGAAGGGGUUAAAACGGGCAGAACAUACACACGAGUGAGAGGGAAAAACCAGCUUUCAUGGGGUAUAAUUUUUGAGUAGCAGUGUUAAGGGUGAGGGUUACCCAUAUAGAUAGUGCAGGACUUAAAGGAGCACUAUAGUCACCUAAAUUACUUUGGCUAAAUAAAGCAGUUUUAGUGUAUAGAUCAUUCCCCUGCAAUUUCACUGCUCAAUUCACUGUCAUUUAGGAGUUAAAUCACUUUGUUUCUGUUUAUGCAGCCCUAGCCACACCUCCCCUGGCUAUGAUUGACAGAGCCUGCAUGAAAAAAAAACUGGUUUCACUUUCAAACAGAUGUAAUUUACCUUAAAUAAUUGUAUCUCAAUCUCUAAAUUGAACUUUAAUAACAUACAGGAGGCUUUUGCAGGGUCUAGCAAGCGAUUAACAUAGCAGGGGAUAAGAAAAUCUUAAUUAAACAGAACUUGCAAUAAAGAAAGCCUAAAUAGGGCUCUCUUUACAGGAAGUGUUUAUGGAAGGCUGUGCAAGUCACAUGCAGGGAGGUGUGACUAGGGUUCAUAAACAAAGGGAUUUAACUCCUAAAUGGCAGAGGAUUGAGCAGUGAGGCUGCAGGGGCAUGUUCUAUACACCAAAACUGCUUCAUUAAGCUAAAGUUGUUCAGGUGACUAUAGUGUCCCUUUAAUACUGCUGUACUGAUGAAGCAAAGCCCUAGCUUAGAGAGUUUUUGGGAGUAAGUGAUGGUCUAGAAUUAUUAAGCUGGGCUAGAGUAAGGAUAGGUAUAAUUAAUUUUUUUUUUUUUACCACUGUUCGGGGCAAAUGAGUGGCGAGGAAACAAAAUAUUUGACCAUGUCACUGUUAUUUAUGUGAGUUAUCCUGAAAGUAUGCCACACUACGUUUGUUUUGUUUGAAUGGACCUUUUUGAAAAAAAACUGAUUUUCAACAAAAAAAAAACCAAAACCCAGUGAUUGCUCAUAAAUAUUUUUUAAACUGAUGUCUCAAAAGGUUUUUUUUGCUUUCCUGACUUGUUGCAACAGUACCAAAACUAAAAAUAUAUACUUUAGGUUUGUGUUUUAACCACAAAACCCCUGAUGUAUUAAUUUGUCUUUAUAAAAGCAUAAUACGGUGCUUUAAUGGAGAAAAAAAGGAAACCUGUAAAGAAUUUUCUUUAUAAUUAAUCAAUCUAUAUUUUUGUAUACCAAUCAUUUUAUUUGUGUGUGUGUGUGUGUGUGUGUGUGUGUGUAUAUGUAUAUGUAUAUAUAUGUAUAUGUGUAUAAUAUAUAUAUGUAAUAUAUAUAUAUAAUUUUUUAUUUAUUUUUUUGCUGUUCCUUCAACAGAAAUUGGAAUUGUGGCCAAGUCAUAUAUAGACCAAGGUCAACUGGUUCCAGAUGAUGUCAUCACUAAACUCAUUCUGCAAGAACUAAACAGUAUGAGAACUAAUUCCUGGCUGCUUGAUGGUAUGUGUAUUCACAAUCUACUACACUAAAAGUGUUUUGAUGCUUGAAUCUAAGUUGCAUGCUUUUAAUCAUAAAUGUAAAUCGGUAGUAUUUUUUCAUUUAAAUGUAUAAGUGAAAACCGCUUUAUAUCCGAUAAUAAAACUGUGUUCUAAUAAAUAGUAAGCCACAGGAUCAUAAUAGAUAGUGAGUAUAAUGCAGCAUUCUAAAAACACAUGUGGAUAAGAAGGAAAUGUUCUAAGUUAAAUGUUUUUCUGUUGAAAAAGUUACUUCUACAGGAAAAUCAUUGUUUUCUACCAAAAUGGCACCUUCAUGUCAGCUGGUCCCCAAAUGAUUUAUGGCAUCUCCAAUCUUAAAUGUGUCAUCUAUAUUAUUAUGCAACCACAAAGUGCCUUAUAUGUAGUCUUUAACUAUUGAAGGGUCAAAUGGGGGAUGGGUUGCCAUAUAAUAACAUUUAAAUGAACACAAUAGUGUUGGUAAUACAAAGCUGUAUUCCUGACACUAAAUUGUCCCGAUACCCCUGUGGAACCCCCCUUACCAUGACAAUCAAAGUGUUAAAACCCCUUUAAACUCUUACUCGUUUCCAGCACUGGCUCGUCUCAUUGCGAGGGCAAACCUAAUGGCAUGCGUAGCGUGCGCUGCACUCUCAUUAGGCCUUCCCCAAAGGAAAGUAUUGAAACAAUGCUCUCCUAUGGAGCUUUGCAAGACACAGGACAUCCUCAUGCAACUUGUGAGGAUGUCCAGCGUCGUUUCACUGAGUUAAAGUCUGUGAAACAGCAAAAAGCAUCUAUAGUGGCUCUCUGGCUGACUGCCACUAGAGGCCGUCUUAAAGGGACAUUAUAGUCGUCAAAACAACUUUAGCAUAUUAAAGCAGGUUUGAUGUAUAGCUCAUGCCCCUGCACUCUCACUGAUCAAUUCUCUGCCAUUUAGGAGUUAAAUCAAUUUGUUUAUGCAGCACUAGUCACACCUCCCUGCAUGUGAUUUGUACAGCGUUCCUAAACAUUUCCUGUAAAGAGUCAUCUAAUGUUUAUACUUCUUUUAUUGCAAAUUCUGUUUAAUUUAGAAUUUCUUAUGUCCUGCACUGUUAAAAGCUUGAUAGACCCUGCAGGAGCCUUCUAUAUAUGAUUAAAGUUUAAUUUAGCGAGCAGGAGAGCCGCCUAAUGACCCUCCAUGGCAAUUAUUACAAUUUAUCAAAAACUGCAAUAAUUACCAUUGCAGGGUUAAGGGACCUUGGACACUGCACCCAGACCACUUCAAUGAGCUGAAGUGGUCUGGGUGGCUAUACUUGGCCCUUUAAGGUGAAAAUAGCCAAACUGCAAACAUUGCAAUUCACUUUGACCCUGUAUAUCAAGGGAAAUCAGCUUUUGGCACUCCAGAUGGAGUGGACUACAUCUCCCAUGCUGCUCUUACAGUCUUAAUUCUGGCAAAGCACCAUGGAGUGCCAAAGGUUGCCUACCCCUGGACUAUAUGCUUUGAAAUGUAUCUGCAGUUGACUAUCUCUGUAUAACAUUGAACUUGCAGGCCUGACUGCUUCUAAUUAUGAAUUGACUCCCGCUGUGUUCUUGUUUGAGAUUUUUUAUUUUUUUUAUUUAUUUAUAUAUAUUUUUUUAUGCGAAAGUGGAUUGGUGCUAAACAUGUUGACCAAUUACUUAUGAUUGACAGAUCCUCAAUGUACUUGUAGGUUAGCUGUUUGACCUUCCUUGGGGUCAACAAAGAAAUUAUUUCCGUACAAGCUAAAUAUAUAAAAAUCCAUUGGUAUCCAUCAUUACUAGAUCAUUUCUUUGAUAAGUGUUCAACAGAAUUUAGUAAGAAUGAGAAAUGAAUCCAAGCAUGAUUUGUAUGUGGUUUUUCUUUUGUUAGUGUUGUAUUUUUAUUUUAUUUUAUUGUGUAAACCUCAUUUAACAAGCCAUCUUAAUUUAGGUUUUCCUAGGACUGUCCCACAGGCGAAGGCUCUGGAUGACGCUCAUCAGAUAAAUUCUGUGAUCGAUUUGAAUGUUCCAUUUGAAACCAUUAGACAGAGACUAACUGCACGAUGGAUCCACCCUGGCAGUGGCAGAGUUUACAACACAGAAUUCAAUCCUCCCAAAGUUUUGGUAAUGCUUGGUCUACUUAAACUUUUUUUUUAAUGUUUUUAUAUUUAAACCUUUCAUAAAUGGCAUUCACUUGAUACCUAGUCUAAACCCUGAAUGGCUGAAGUGACCGUUAAAGUGCAUGGAAUUUUGUCUUAAUUGGCAAGAGAGUGUAAUGCAGGUAAACCAAGGUCAGAGACCAUUAAGAGAGGUGAACGGGACAAUGUCGAAUGUGCAUCAAAAAUACAGCAAUAGAAUGGUGGGAAUUAAUCUGUCAAGCAGAGGGACAGGACCAUGGUGGAUAAUGCACAAGGAAAAUAGGAAAUCCUCUGAAUGAAUAAGUUAUAAUUCUCAUGAUGCUUCCUCUUUGCAAUAGCACUUCACAUGGCAUUUUAGUUUAUUUGGGGUGACUGUUUUGCAUGGUGACAUUUUCUAAAUAAAAUAAAACAAGAUUGUUAAUUGUUUUUGGUAGAGUUGGAUGAGCUAUGAGUUAUGUAUUUUUAUUUUCUAGGGCAUUGAUGAUAUCACUGGAGAGCCUCUAAUUCAACGAGAAGAUGACCAGCCUGAAACUGUUACUAAGAGACUGAAGGGCUACGAGGCUCUUACUAGGCCUGUUCUAGAAUAUUAUCGGUGAGAAAGUCAUUUUUAAAAUAGAACUUAAUGAUAGGUUGUAAGAAUGCCAUAAUACAUAUAUACUUUUUUUUUUUUUUUUUUUGUUUGAAAGCUUCUUUUCAGAUAUACAUGUUUAAAGGGAAAGUCUAUGCAACAAACUCAUCUCACUCAGUGGCGGAUCCAGAGCCUGAUCUCGGGAGGGGCACUUGUAGAUUAUUUAAAGAAAUAAUCCAGACACAAUAACUACUACAGCUCAGUGUAGUGGUUAUGGUGUCAAUAGUGCCGGGACCCCCUCCUAGAGUAAGUAGUCAAACCGUUUAAGAACAGUUUGACAACUUACCUGAGGUCUGCUGGGAAAUGGGGCGGUAGUAGGGCAUAGGAGCAGUGGUGUGUGUGAGUGGUGCAAUGUGUAAGGGAUGCAGUGUGUGUGUGUGUGUGAGGGGGACAGUGUGUGAGCAGUGUGUGUGUGUGUGUGUGUGUGUGAAGGUUGUAGUGUGUGAGUAGGGGGGGCAGUGUAUGUCAGGGAUGCAGUGUAUGUGUGGGACAGUAUGUGUGUGUAACAGUUGCAGUGUGUGUGUGAAUGUGGGCAAUGUGUGUGUAUGGGGCAGCAGUGUAUGGGGCAGUAUGUGUGUAUGGGGCAGUAUGUGUGUGUGUAUGUGUAUGUGUGUAUGGGGGGCAGUAUGUGUGUAUGGGGGCAGUAUGUGUGUGUAUGGGGGCAGCAUGGGGGGCAGUAUGUGUGUGUAUGGGGGCAGUAUGUGUGAAUGGGGGGCAGCAUGGUGGUCAGUAUGUGUGUAUGGGGGGCAGUAUGUGUGUGAAUGGGGGCAGCAUGGGGGGUCAGUAUGUGUGUAUGGGGGUCAGUAUGUGUGUAUGGGGGGCAGCAUGGGGGCAGUAUGUGUGUGUAUGGGGGGGCAGUAUGUGUGUAUGGGGGGGCAGCAUGUGUGUAUGGGGGGGCAGCAUGUGUGUAUGGGGGGGCAGUAUGGGGGCUAUGUGUGUGUGUGUGUGUGUUAAGGGUGGGGGGGCUUUUUUUUAUAAUUUAUAUCUUUAUUUAAUUAAAAAAAACAAAUAUUCUAUGUCCCCCCUCCCUUCUUACCUUUAUUGAGGAGGAGGGGGGACAUAUUUUCAUCCCUGGUGGUCCCAGUGGUGAUUCCCUGGUGGUCCCAGUGGUGAUUCCCUGGUGGUCCCAGUGGUUACAGUGAACUCUAGCCCGCGCUCCCGGGCUAGAGUUCACUCUCGCGAGAUUUGGAGCGUUGCCGUGGUAACCGCGGCAACGCUCCAAAUCUCGCGAGAGGAGGACCCGGAGGAGCUGCAGACUGAGCUCCCGGGUCCUCCCUCUCCCUCCCCUGCCGGCUGUCAGCACAGUGCCUGCGGACCGGGGAGGGAGAGCUCUGAUCUCCCCUCCGGUCCGCAGGCACAUUGCAGGGCUAGCACCUGCAUGUGCUGCAGGGGAGGGAGACCGGCGGAUUUCUCGGGGGGGGCAAUUGCCCCGUUGCCCCCCCCCCCCUGGAUCCUCCAGUGAUCUCACUCUAGUAGUUAUAUUGCCUAAAAUUUCUGAUUGUCAAAAUGUUUACAAGUCUCUGUGCCUUUGCUUUAUUUAUAAUGCAGAAUUUGCACUUUUAUCAUUGAGUUUGUCUAAGCAGGGCGGCAACGACAGGCUGUGAGCAUUAGUGUAACCUGCCACCACCACUCUCAAGCGGUCACUGGUGUCGAUUCAGUUGUUAAUAUAAUUAAGAUUCAUCGUGAGCCAAGUUUACUAGUCCUCCAGCUAAAUAUCUGUAAUGUUGUACAACAUGAAUAGAACUAAUUAUACUGAAGGGGAAAAGAAAACAACCUCUGACCGAUAUGAUGGAAUAAAACCUAAAAUACAUUAAGAUAAAAUUCAAGGUGAUGUUUAUCACUGCAUCCAUUUGAGGAGUUUGUGAGUACCAUUUAUUUGAUUUGGCAGCGCAUUAUAAGCCAAAACAGAGUGAUGAUGUAACCUGGUACUAUAUCGUCCUAUGUUAGCCUUGUUCUAGAAUUAUAAAUACAGACUACUUUACAGAAGCUGACUUGGUACAGAGUGAAUAAAGCUUCUGACCUAAUAUAAUGCUCAGGUUGAAUAAUGAAAUUUGCCUUUAUUGAGAAAAGAUUGUUGGGUGAGGUGAUGAAGUCUAUGGUAAUAUUCAUAUGUCGAAAUUUCCAGAGAGAUUGCGAUUCUCUCUAUUAAAUUUAUUGUGGUGACUUUUCUUAGCAUUCCCCAUAGUACUCAUAGUAAGUGUGCAUAACCUGAAAGGCAGUUAACUAAUACGGUGCAACUUUGUAAAGGAAAAAAAAACACAUUUACUAUAGAAUACAUAAAGUUCACAAUUUGUCUGUAUGUAUGGUUUGCUAGAAUAUACAAACUCUAUUCCCCCCUUACACCCCAACCCCCCCCAAAAGAAUAUAUGUAUUACUUCAAAAUCGAGAGAGUGUGUGUGUGUGUGUGUGUGUGUGUAUUUUUUUUUUUAUUUUUUUUAUGUAUAUAGUAAUUAUUGGAGGUUCUGAGAUGCAGUCGGUUCACAAAAUGGGAACUUAUGUUCCUGUAGUUUUUAUGAGUACAAUUGCAGGGUCUGUUCAGUAGUGUUCUCUAAUAUGGAAAUUGCAUUCAUGACAUUUCGCUCUGAUCUCUUUAGAAACAAGGGUGUGUUGGAAACAUUUUCUGGGACGGAGACCAACAAGAUCUGGCCACAUGUCCAUGCAUUCCUUCGUACUAAGCUGCCUGAUGUAAGCCAAGAAUAAGCAGGGAGCAGAGGAGACAAAGCAAAUUUUAUCCCGCAGAGCAUGCAUUAUGCCUUGUAUCAUGAAUGUAAACAUUUCACCUACAUGAAGUACCUGUCCGAGCUGAAUCUUUUUAAACGUUUUAUCGUAUGGAUCUUUUGUAGAUCUUUUUCAUUGUUUAUGCAUUUUUAAUUCUAAUGAUUUUUAAAUAUCUAUUUUUAUAGGCAUUUAAGCACAUGUGGACAGGGUUGAAAAAGAAAACCUAACUUGAUGUAAAAAAAAAAAAUAUAUAUAUUGAUAAUCAGAUGUUCUGCUUUAUUUUAUAACUUUCCUUUGCUUUCUUGAGGAUGAGAUGGGGAAAUAUCAAACUAUCAAACAUUAUUAUUUUUGUUUUGUUUUAUUAAUACUCCAACAAGAAUCCUAACCUUCUGUGGGUAAAUAUCCUUAACGAAUGUUUAGAGACACACAAAAACAAAACAAUGGAUCAUCUGUACCAUGUGCUUAAACUGUAUAAAAGGUUAUCAUGACUUGUUUAAAUCUUGUGUAGAGCAGCAAUUUCUAAACUUUGCACCCAAUAUGUAUGCCAACUACAUUUCCCAUAAUGCAUUGCAGAGCAUUAUGAGAAAUGUAAUUUGCAAACAACUAGGUUAAGUUUAGGCUAGUGUUGAGCUAUAUCCCGGUGUUUGACUAAAAUUGAAUGUACAUUUUUCAUUUUAAAAGAAACUGGGGCUUUUUAUUAUAUGAACUAUAUUCCUAACAGGAAGAGAAAAUCUUGAAAAGAUAAAAAUGUAAAACUGUCUUUCAUGGGGAAAAAAAAAAAUAGAUUUAUUUGGGGAAUUGGAUAAAUUUGGGGAGAUUUGUCAAAGGGUUCUCUCCUAAAAAGUGGUCCAAAGUCCUAAAUGCGUGGUAGUUACCAUGGAAAUCUGCAAGCACAUUCCAUUGGUAACUCCCCCCCAUUUUACAUUUUGAACCACAUUUUAGAACAGAACACUUUGAUAAAUCUCCACCAUUGUUUCUUUUUCUACCCCAGAUCACUAGUCCUUGUGGCCCAUGUCUUAACUGAUAGCAAAUGUGUCCAUUGGAUAUUAUUGCUGUCACUGGUAAAUAUAAAAUGUCUGCCCUUUUGGUGCAGUUUCCUAUCAGUUCUCUUAGCCUUUUUAAGGAUCCCUCUUCUUGAUUUUAAAAUGUUGUAUAUAACUGAAGUCUUUAUCCUACUGCCAGCCUUAUGACGUGUUGUAGUUAUGCCUUUUUUACAUCCAUAUGCCUGAUACAGUCGCUGGUUUUUCAUAAUGACCUCCUUUUAAUGCAGUGUUUUUACGGUCACAUUUUAAAUCUGUAGCAGAUUGUAAGCCGCUUAUUUCAUUUAGGUGAUGUGAAAAUCUAUUUUUAUACAUAUAUAUACAUGAAGCUUGACUAUUGGAAACACAAAACCUUGAUAUGUUUGUUCAACAAUGUGAAAAUGUAAAAAUACUUGAAAUAAGUUUGGUACUGUACUUGAUUCUUGUCCAGUAAAAAAGUGAAACAAACA